AUGAACAUCAUCUAUCUUACUAAUGGCAGUAGUGGAUACUUCAUGCUACCAAACAAUGGAAUACCAAGCACUCCGACCCCCACCAACUACCAUCAAAGUGUGGGCAGGCCUAUGUACAUUCAGAACUCCCUGAUGACCUCUGGUGCACCAUCUCAGGCCCAGAGCUUUGGAUAUGAGGUGUCAUCAUUCCAUUCUGUAGACCAGGGUCUUACCAAUGCUCAUGGCCAGGAUGUGGUUCCAGCGCACUAUGCUGCUCACCAUGGUCCUUCACACUCCAAGGAAUUGUUGGUGGAGUUGAUCGAAACCCUGGUUCAACAGAAGGUUGAAGAAACUCUGGCCCAGCACUUAGACAAGACGAAUGAGAAGGUGGAGGAAGGGGCUGUGGAUAAUGGCACUCACCAAAACAAAACAAGAAAGGGUAAAUGGCCACCAAAGGGACAAGAAAUGGUUCACCAAUUGCUGUGUGAUGUAAUUGGCUGUAGUGUGAUGAAGCCCAAGGCAGCAGACCUGCCCUCACUUUCAUCAUCGACUACCCCAUGGCCAUGCAGAGAAGAUGGAAUGCCAAUCUUGAUCCCAAAGUGGCUGUCAGGACCCAAGACAGCAGAGAACCUUAAAGUGUUGGAAGAGGUGGUCAGUGUUAGAGACCAGAUCAAGACGAAGGAUUUGUCUCCAUGGCAGAGGGCUUCGGCCUCAGUGACUCAAGCCAGGAGCGCUGUGCCAAGUUACACAUCUGUGCCCUAA